AUGCUCACCCCAGGUAUUCCCAACUGUAGUCAGGUAUCAGACAUGUUGGUCUUUGAUCUCACGCCAAUGAGACAGGCGACGAUGUUGGUGUGGCUGGUGGGGAUGCCCGUCAUCAUGGUGUUAGGAACAUUCGGCAACAUCAUGAUACUGUUGAUACAGCGGAGAGAGUACAGCUCCUCCCACUCCUCCAUGUCCAUCCUCUUCACCUGUCUGGCCAUCUCCGACCUCACCUCCCUGUGGUUUGACCCCUUGUUCUGGUGGCUGGAAGCUCUAGAUGUCUUCAUUUACUACAGCUUUUUAUGGAAGAUUCGAAUGUUUGUCAUCUACCUGACCGGACACACGUCAGCAUCUAUAUUAGUUACCAUGACAACCCAAAAAGCGGUGAGCAUCUUGUGGCCGCACAGGGUAAAGGUCAUGUUCACGGCAAGGAUCGCCAAGAACUUGAUGUGCGGAGGGCUCGUGUUUUUUCUUUUAAUAAAUUCUCAUCUGUUGUAUGGUGUUACUGUCAUUUUACCUACAAACACCUCUACACCCAGGUGUUUUGACAUGUAUGUAAGCUCUGAAUACGCUGAAUUUUUCAACAAUGUCUGGGGCUGGGUCGACACCUUCUUUUCCAGCCUCGUUCCAGUCCUUCUUCUCCUAGUCGCUAACUCCGUGCUCAUCCGGAAGGUGGGUCAGUCUCUACAGGAAGCCAGAAAACGGUUUUCAACAGGAAAUGCAGAUCGGUUACGUUCUCGCGAGAAAAAAACGUCAUCCAUGACAGUGACGUUGAUAGCAACUUCCGUUACUUUUCUGCUUCUGACGUCACCGUAUUCUGUGUACUUUGUGUUCAGAGAGAGGCUCUUUGCAGGGGCAGAUAAGGACACGGAUAUCGCCGAUGCUAACGACCUUGCUUUCGCUGUCUUACAUCUCCUGUGGAUCGGCAAUAACUCCGUGACCUUUUACCUCUACUGUCUGACCGGCGCCAAGUAUCGAGAAAACUUUUUUAAAGCUCGUUUGUCUGAACAAAGUCAGGAAGCAAAUCGUAGAGAGAUCCACUAA